ACACAUCAGACUUGUUCUCUUUGGAUCAGGACCUGGCACGUUUUGCUUCCUGGGACCUCUCUGCACUCUGCUGUGGGACCUCCUCGCAGACAGAAGCGCCACCUGAUUCCAGUGCAGACACUUUGGCUGAGGACUUGAGAGAAUCAGGUGUUCUGCAGACUGGGAGGAGCUCCACACAUUGGAACCUUUCUCUGUAAAACAAAGCAAUUCACAACCUGCAACAUGCCCUCCAUGUUUGAGAGUGCCGUCAAGAAACUGGUCAAAGAGAUUGGAGACAAAGAAUUCAGGCCUGUCAUAGGCAUCACGAAUGCCGACACAAUACGUCGGUUUUCUCUAAUACGGAGGAAGAAGUCUUUCUCACUGUUUUGGACAGUAUCUGAUGUUCCACUCCGUUAUACCCUCAAGGACGUCCUCGAACCAAGUGUUAUCAUCCCAGUUGCUGCUGUGGAAACGCCAUACACCUUCCAUUACACUGAGUCGUGGAAACAGCAUACUGGUGCGAGUGUGAAUGCUGGGGCAGAUGUGAGUGUCUCGGCGAAGACCUCUAGCUGCCAAGGAUCCUCCAUCAGUUGUAUGAUUGUUAGCACCCCACCUGAAACCUUGAUAGACCUUCAGAAGAGGAAAGUGGUGGACUCAGAACCCCCAUUUCUGAAGCAAUGCCGGAGAACAGGAACAAAUCUCUAUGUUGUGACUGAGGUCAUAGAACUGCGUGACAGUUGUGUGAUGGAGGAUUGCAGCACUGUGAAUAUCUCAGGAACUCUCUCGUUACUUGUGAACGCUUUUGCUAAGGUUGGAGGAGGGGGCAGGGUUCACCAGGUGAGCAAGAGGAAGCAUACUGUGCCAAAGGGCUUGGUGAUGGCCUAUAAGAGGAAGCAGCUGGUGUUCAAGGGGAACAGCUGGGAGAUUGUUGAGGUCUCAGAUGUUGAAGAGGAGACCUUUCCAGUAGAAAUGCAGUACCAAACCCGCUCAUUGACAAUAAGCAUCCCUUUAGUACCAGGCAACACAGUGUGUUUCAUCGAACCAAUACAAAGAAUACAGGAGCCUCCCUUGACUGAUUUCAAGCGCCUACAACAGGAGGUUUCCCGGGAAGUAAGCGCAGUGGACCAGUUCUCAAAGGACAUCGAGGACGUUGUGUUCUCCAACAUCCUGGCCAUGCUGGGGAACCGCGAGGCCCUCCAGGACCUCAUGGACACGCUUGAACAAGAACCCUUGCAGGGUCAUUUGGAUGGCCCUGGUGGCACCAUCCUAAAUGAACUGCAAAAGGACUCCAGCUAUGCAUAUAAUGGCUCACAGCACCUCAUCCUUUACCUGCUUGAAGCCAUCAUGGCGCUGAGUGACAUCCAGCACUGUCUGCUGGCCCAAUCCAUGGAGAAGAAGAUCCUCUCCCAGCAGCGGGAUCUGGUGAGGAGCAUCCUGGAGCCCAACUUCAAAUACCCUUGGAGCAUUCCCUUCACCCUUAAACCCGAGCUGCUCGCCCCCCUGCAGGGGGAGGGUUUGGCCAUAACCUACGGUCUGCUGGAAGAGUGUGGCCUGAAGAUGGAGCUGCAGAGCCCCAGGUCAACCUGGGAUCUGGGAGCCAAGAAGCCCCUGUCUGCCCUGUAUGGGGCCCUGUCUGUGCUGCAGCGGCUGGCUGAGGCCUGAGCCCCCUGGUGGGCAGGCCCGGGGCCAGUCCACUGGGUCAGCCCACGGAGGCUGCCAUUGGCCCUGGUGCUGUCUUCUGCUGCAGACGCCGCCAGGCCGUUUUCUGCA